GUUCGCGUCGCGCCUGCCCGGUUCCGCAGUCUCUCGGUCGCCAAAGUUCAGGGCCGUUGACUGCGAGGUUAGCCGGCGUUGGGUGUUGGCCAGGAAGAGACGGAUGGCCAGUGUUACGUCAUCUAGCAUUUUUGCGCCCACUCCACGCAGUCCCCAUCCGAUCGGCAGCUGGUCCCCGGGAUACGCGGCACCGAGUCUUUAAUCGCAUUGGACUCCUCGGGCCGCCUGGGCGGUGUGGAGGCGGGGGAGAGAGGCCGCCCUUGGGGAUUUUGGCGGGAUGUUGCGGGCAGCUCUUUCUCCGGCGCCCUAGCGGCGGCCGGGCUUCACUUCUCCGACCGGCGACCGCCAGCGCCCGUGUCCCUGCCGCGAGGAUUGGGAGCGUGAGCUUGUGGGUCCGCCCGCGGGCCUGGAGGGCACGCACGCCGGGGACUCGGCGGUGUCGGCUUGCGGCCGGCUUCAGACGAAGUCGUAGUUGUGCGGGAACCGGUACCUUUGAAUGCACAGGCUGCACCUUGUUUUGCGAACUCUGUGGGCGUGUAGGGGCAAGGCAAUGGACUGGGUGAUGUCUCCCAGUUCAUGGUGGUCGUCUCAGUUACGUAGCAGCCGGCUGCACGAAGGCCCCCUACCGGGGCAGACCUCCCGAGCAGCCUGUGGUCGGAAAGCCUCGGCCUUUGCUCAUGGAGCUCGGGCUGAGCGCGGGUGCUGGUUCCCUUGAACGCAUCGCCCCUUGGUCUGACAUCCCCCGCCAAACAGGAGAGGCCUGAUUCGAUUUACUUCACAGGACACUUACACGUGGGUCUCACUGUCCUUUUGCUUUGCAAUUAACAAGUUUACAAUCCCGGCUAAGCCAGAAGAGCCAACGCAGGAUCUUGCCGACCGAGCACCCGGGUUUCCCGCCGAGAAGGCUGCCCAAUCUCUGCGAGGCCUCAGCCUCACGGUUCUGCGUGCCCGACUCUCGGCGUGCACGCGUUCCCGCGCUUUCUGACGUGAGGGUCAGAGGGCGCGCCGCCGCGCAGGCGCACUGAGCUGAGGCUGCGGCGGCCAUGGGGGAGGCGGGCGGCGCUGAGGAGACUUGCCGGCAUAUGGGAACCAAAGAAGAAUUUGUUAAAGUCAGAAAGAAGGACCUGGAACGACUGACAACUGAAGUGAUGCAAAUACGGGACUUCUUACCCAGAAUACUAAACGGGGAAGUGCUGGAAAUCUUCCAGAAAUUAAAGAUUGUAGAAAAAAAUCUGGAAAGGAAAGAGCAAGAGUUAGAGCAGCUGAGAAUGGAUUGUGAGCACUUCAAAGCCCGCCUGGAGUCUGUGCAAGAGGACAGCGUGAGCGAGAAGAAGGAGAAGCUGGCUCUCCGACAGCAGCUGAAUGAAGCAAAGCAGCAGCUCCUGCAGCAGGCAGAGUACUGCACGGGAAUGGGCGCAGCGGCCUGCACCAUUUUGUGGGGCGUCUCCAGCAGUGAGGAGGUGGUCAGAGCCAUCCUGGGAGGAGGUAAAGCUUUGAAGUUUUUCAACAUCACUGGUCAAACAAUGGAGAGUUUUGUGAAGUCACUGGAUGGGGAUGUCAAGGAGCUGGAUUCUGAUGAAAAUCAGUUUGUUUUUGCUUUGGCUGGAAUCGUAACAAAUGUAGCUGCCGUAGCAAGUGGUCGUGAAUUCCUGGUUAACUCAAGUCGGGUGCUCUUGGACACCAUACUGCAGCUUCUGGGAGACUUGAAGCCGGGACAGUGCACCAAACUCAAAGUAUUAAUGCUGAUGUCCCUGUACAACGUGAGCAUCAAUUUGAAAGGCUUGAAGUACAUUAGUGAGAGUCCAGGAUUCAUCCCUUUGUUGUGGUGGCUUCUGAGCGACCCGGACACAGAGGUGUGUCUUCACGUGCUGCGCCUUGUCCAGUCUGUGGUGCUGGAGCCAGAAGUCUUCUCCAGGACGGCCUCGGAGAUCCGCAGCUCCCUGCCCCUGCAGCGCAUCCUGGCCAUGGCCAAGAGCCGCAACCCUCACCUGCAGGCCGUGGCCCAGGAGCUCCUGGAGGACCUGCGCACUCUGGAGCGUGAUGCGUAAGGGUGCUCAGCGCCGGCAUCCUCUCCCUGGGUCCCCACUUUGUCUUCUAAAGCCACCAGCCGUGUGCCAUGUGUUACAGAUAGCAAAUGUGAUGCCUAGAGACGGCUGUGUCCUGAGAUGUGCCCACCUGACUUGCUCCUGGAAGAGAACGUGCUUGUGGGUGGUGGGUUAAUCUUGCCGGAGGUGAGCCUGAGAAAGGGUCUAUUUUUCCGUGAAGACCCACAUCAGCUGCAUCCGGAAGAGGGCCUUCUCAGAGUGGCUCCUGCUGCCCAGGAGACCCUGAGACCUGUCGGUUCCCCCUAAAAGCGGAAGGUUGAAUAACCGCCUACCCCGUUGGUCAGCGUUUUCCUGAGAUACCUUUCUUGAAAAACAGUUCAUUCGGCUCUCUAAUAAUUAUAAUUAAUUCCCCCCACCAGUUCAAGUUUACCUUUAAAUCUUUCGGUGAACCUGCUAUUUCAGAUGAUAUUGGACAUUUUAGUUCUAUAUUUUUGUGCCUCUUUUAUUUUUGAGUAAAGAAAGUCAGAAGAA